UGAUAAUUUUUAUCUGAAAAUAAGCCCGUGAUAUAAAAAUUGAAAACGACUGAAACAAAUCAUUCUUUAAAACUGGUAAAUAUGUUGCGCUUGGUAAUUUUGUUUUGCUCUGUUUUCGCUUUAGCGAGAUCCCAAAGCACGGCCGUCAGUCAAUGUACGGCCCACCCUGGCGAUCUGCCCAUCAACACAUAUAUCCUAGGAUGUACCACUCCGCCAUGUAUCUUGCCACAGUUGGAGGAUUGUGUCAUUGACGUCAUCUUCAGAGCGCCUCGUGCUAUACAGUCGAUGAGAACGCUUGCCACUGCGUACUUGUCCGUCGGUCCUAUCACCAUGCCAGUGCCGUACGACCUACAGGCGAAUGCAGUCACAUGCAACUUCCUCACUAACACCUUCUGUCCACUCCUUGCUGGCGAAGUCGUGCAGUAUCAAUUGAGGAUGUUUAUAGAAUCAUUUUUCCCAGCGGGUACAGCGACGACCAUCGAGUUCCGCGUGGUGGACCAAAACAACGUGCCUGUGUUAUGCCUGCGAGCGCCGGUGAUCAUCAAUCCACCCCGGAACAAUGCACGCAACAUCACCAUUGGCGAAUUCGAUCAAUCUUAAACACUAACGAUUUUUUUUUCAACUCCGAUGUUGAUUUGUGUUAAAAAUUACUUGAUUCUAAUUUGAUUACAAAUAAAACAACUUGUUAAAUUUA